AUUUUAUUCAUCAAGCCGCAUUUUUUCUUUGGGUCGAGGAAUAAAAUUAAACGAAUAUGAGCGGUGGAGCUAGGGUUUCUAUUCCGACCAACCUCCGUAAAACGAUCCAAGACAUUAAAGAGAUCGCCGGCGACCACUCCGACGAAGACAUACUCGCCGUUCUGAAAGAUUGCAAGAUGGACCCCAAUGAGACUGCCCAGAAGCUCCUUUAUAUUGAUACCUUUCACGAAGUUAAAAGGAAACGCGAUAGAAGGAAACCGAGUACAAACAAUCAAAGUUCUGAAGAAUAUAAAUGGACCCCACACAUGCAGCAACGAAGAACUAGGGGCGGAGGAAAUUAUCCUCCAACUCAUGUCUCUGACGGUGCCAGACGCCAGAAACAAAUAAGUUAUAAACAAGAAAAUGGUGUCAGAUAUUCUAGAGAGCGAAAUGCCAGAGGUUUCGUGCCUAAUAUAAACCAAUCAGAAAAGGAUGCUGCCUCUCUUGUCAAAAGCUCUUCAGCUUCUGCUUCUCCCAUCACUGACCUUGAAAUGUCUAAUGAGAGCUCUAGUCAAGGACCAUUCACCCAAGUAGCUGCAAAAAAAGCUAAUGAUGUCAGCAUAAGCGCAGUAGUUGAUGGAAAUAAGUUGACAAAACUGCCUUCAGUGGCCCUACAGCAAUUCCGAUAUUUGAACCCUGGCCCUACACCUACUUCUACCCCUACUUUUUCCCCAUACAGAGCCAAAGAUGGAAAAUCCAAACCAACACCUAGUGAUACGAUGUUUAGUGUGUCCACAGCUUCUGCCUCGGGUGUCUAUUCCUCUGCAUCAGAUCCUGUACUAAUGCCAUCCUUAAACCCCCACAAUCCUGGAGUGGUAGGCACAAUAAAACGUGAAAUAUGCACCCAGCGGAUUGCUAAUGAAGCCCAAAGUGAUAGCAGUCUAAGUAAUGUUCAAGGUGUCGUGGGAAAUGGUCUACCGUCCUCUGGAACUUUAAACUCCACUGAUAAAAUAUGGCCAGCAGAAUCACAAGGAGGUGAAAAAACCCGAUUGGGUGGGUCUUCAAUGCCAUCACAGUUAAUCCAAGAUGAAGCACAAGGUAUUGCAAUUAAUCAAGAAACUGGGUAUUCUGAACAAGUAUUGGAAUCUAAGGCUGGAAUUGUUAUAUCAGAAGCCUCAUCACCGCUUCUUAAAUCUAAUGACAAUUUGCCUAAGCAGCUUGACAUAAAGUUAGAGAAGCUAAAGAUUACUGCUCAUCAACCUGUUAUUUUACCUAGUCAUCUUCUAGUACCUGAAGAGUUCAAGGCUGGAUUGAUUUUUGGUAGUUUAGAUGCUUCUAUGGAGCAAAUCAUGAACCACAAUGGUAAACCUGUUUCAGUUACUGAUGAAAGUUCCAAUGAGCUUUCUAUGAGUCCCCAAGCGCCAUCCGGGAUUGCUCAAGAAGUCAUCCAUCUAGAUAAUUCAGAGUCACAACCACAUGCAUCUGAAAAUGCAAAACCAGUUGAAGACAACACAGCACCGGGUGUAGCUGGAACAUUUGACCAGACAAAACAGCAGGCUCUUCCACCCUUUGGGGGUUCACAAUUUUCUCAUAUUCAAACUCCUAAUUAUAGCUUUGGUCUUGUACCGCAAGUGACGAGUCCACAUCAUGUGCAAUGUGAAGGAUCCAAUAAGCAGGGUGGCAAUUCUCAAACACAGUCGACAUCAGGCCAAAAUCCGCCCGUUUCUCAGCCCAUUGGAAUUGGACACAGCUCUGUAGCAUCUCCUCAGUUGUUUCCUUUACUCAGACAGCCAUAUGCUUCUAACUAUUUUCAAUACAACCCUUACCUCCCUCCAUUUUAUAUGCCUCAAAGUGCCCACCAAUUCUUAGGCCCAAGUGGUUUCGCUCAACAACCUUCUACUGCCAACAUUUAUAUGCCUCCAUCGCCCGGGGUUAAAUUCUCUGUACCACCUCCUCUAUACAAACCUGCAGCUAUCACUGGCAAUCUGACACACUAUGGGGUUCCUACAGGCUACAGUUCAUAUGGCUCAUCAGCUGGAUAUGGUUCCAGUGAUGCCCCAACCUCUGGUGGCUCCACUAGCAGUGAAGAGCUUGCUGCAGCUCAGCUAGCAGAGAAGAAUAUCUAUUCCACACUAAAACAGAAUGAAGAGCCACAUGUUUGGACCUCGGCAAGUGGAAGGGAUUUGUCAAUGGUACCACCGGCCAAUUACUUUUACAACUUACCUCAUGCCCAGCAAGUAGCUUUUUCCCCUGCUGCUCAUUCUACACAUGGACCAUUUUCUAGUAUUUAUCAUCCUUCUCAGCCCAUUGCUAAUUCAUUAAGCAUUCAAUCCCAGCGAACUCAGGCUGUUGGCGGAUCAGUUGAUGCACUUCCUCCUUCUGGUCCUCGUCAGCAACUUCAACAUCAAAUUAAUUGGAAUGCAGCAUUUUUAAAUAGAGAAAACAAUUGAGGCAAAAGAAUCUGCUGGGAUAAAUGAGUGCGCAUACACGCACCUUAGAAUGAGCACCAAGAAUAAUAUGCAACCACUCACAAAUGCAUCUACCUCAUUGAUCCUUUUAUCCCUGUAAAUAUAAACUUUACAUUUCAAGUGUAGGCAAGCUUGGGUGUCCUACCAGAAUUUUGGUAUUUUAAAGCACAUGCCUUGCUUUAGAGCAGAUUUUUACUCCACAUAAAUUUUCUCCUUAGAGCUUAUUAGAUUAGUCAUUAGUGUUUGAUUUCUUUGAGUUUUUUUAGCAAUAGGUUUUUUGAGAGGGCUAGAACAGGUGAAUUCUUUAAUGAUUCAUUCGAGAGAAGUGUGGACAUUCACGGGUGCUUGUGUUUUCAGUCGCAUGUGUGUGCCCGCCCUUUCAUUUAAAAUUUUCAGUUUGUUUGAAUCGUUUGAUGCAUAUUAAUUUCUCAAG